GUAACACUCACCAAUCACACAUGCAUGAGGAGCGUGUGUGUGUGGAGAGGACAAGUCCGAUUCUCUAAAGUCAAGCCAUUGCAUGCGCCUUUAGUCCAGCUGAACAUUCUCUCCAACAGAACCACAGCAGCCUGUCCUUGCACACUCACUCGCUUUCUUUAUCUGCCCCCAAGACAGCAGGCGUCAAGGACAGGACUCAAUAGUUCACAUUGCGUGUCGUUGCGACGACUGGGUGUCAUGCUCCUCACAUCUCGCGACAACGAAUGAACACUCCCACAACUCCGCCAAAAUGGCGUCCAGUUUAGUCGGCGCGACUUUGAACAUCCUGCGGCGUCAGGUAGAGGAGGACGACCCCGAUGAGCCCUCAGAGGCCGGCCAGAAAGAGAUAUUCUCAUCAUGGGCACUCUUCAUCCUCAUCAUGCUGCUGAUCGCAGCCCUGUUUACGAGUUACAUACUGCAACAAAAGAGAAUACAGGCUGUUCAUGAAACCGUCAUAUCUAUAUUUGCUGGAAUGAUUGUCGGAUUGAUCAUACGAGUCACACCCGGUACAGCGAUUCAAGACACUGUCAGCUUCGACUACCAAUUCUUCUUCAACCUCCUCCUUCCUCCCAUCAUUCUAGCCUCGGGCUAUGAGUUGCAUCAGGCCAACUUCUUCCGGAACAUUGGAACAAUCUUGACGUUCGCGUUCGCUGGGACCUUCAUCUCCGCAGUCUCUUUAGGGUUGAUUCUGUGGCUGUGGACGAGAGUUCCUUUCGACGGCUUGACAAUCACCUGGGUCGAGGCCAUUUCCGUAGGCGCGACUCUUUCAGCAACAGAUCCUGUCACUAUUCUUGCCAUCUUCAACCUGUACAAGGUCGAGCCGAAGCUAUAUACCAUCAUCUUCGGAGAAUCCAUCCUCAACGAUGCCAUUGCCAUUGUCCUGUUCGAAACAGCCCAAAGGUAUAGAGAAGGCGCGACUGGCAAUCUGGGUAUCAUCAGUCUAUUCGAGGCCAUUGGAAUCUUCUUGCUGGUCUUCUUCACCAGUUUGAUGAUCGGCGUAAUCGUGGGAGUCGGGACCGCUCUUACCUUGAAGUACACCAUGGUUCGAAGAUUUCCGAAGAUUGAGAGUUGUCUGGUCUUUCUGAUCGCCUAUGCAAGCUACUUCUUCUCAAAUGGUGUGCACAUGUCAGGCAUUGUAUCUCUCUUAUUCUGCGGCAUCACCCUCAAACACUACGCCUACUACAACAUGUCGAGACGAACCCAGCUGACCACAAAAUUCAUCUUCCAAAUCCUCGCCCAAUUGUCCGAAAACUUCAUCUUCAUCUACCUUGGCCUCACACUAUUCACAGAGACAGAUUUAGUGUUCAAGCCCUUAUUCAUCCUCGUCACAGUGGUCGGUAUCUGCGCGGCGCGUUGGCUGGCAGUAUUCCCCCUGUCCAAGGUGAUCAACUACAUAAUCAGACUCCGCGCCAGGCGCAAAGGCCGGGAAGUCGCGGAGGAACUUCCCUGGCAUUAUCAGGCGAUGUUGUUCUGGGCCGGUCUUCGUGGUGCUGUGGGUGUCGCUCUCGCAGCAGGUCUUCAAGGCAACGAAGGACCGGCUCUCCGCGCAACCGUUCUCGUCGUCGUGGUGCUGACCGUCAUCAUAUUCGGCGGCACGACAGCACGCAUGCUCGAGAUCCUCGGCAUCCGCACGGGCGUGGUCGAAGAGAUCGACUCCGACGACGAGUUCGACAUCGAAACAGCCAACGGUGGUACAUACUACAAGCGCUCCGGAGGCGGAUUAGGGCACGAGCCCCGGCCGUCCAUCGGCCUGGACUAUGUAGCCGCUAACGGCCGGGGUGCAGCAGCCAACGGCUCAGCCUCACGUCCUCGCGUUGACAGAGGAUACAGCAGCAGCAACGGCCGAUCUCCGCCGUUCGACACGCCCAAGCGCGGCUCACGCAAGAACUCCAAAGCCAGCCAGUGGGAGCGCGAGAUCGCCGCGCAGCAAGGCAAACUUCUGUCCGACGACAACAUCGGCUCGACAAGCGACGACGAAGACGCCGCGGAUCUCGAUCUCCCUCCUGCCGCACCGCGCCGGAAACCUUCGCCCCUGGGCAUGUUCGACGGGCCAUAUCAGAACGACACCAGGACGCGGUCGGCGCCUGAUAUCGUCCUGAACGAAGAGCACGAUCGGGACGGCGAUAUGGGCGCUCCCGGCGCCGUGGGUAAUGCACCGGCAGGUCCGGUCGCCAGCAACAGUAUAAGGAAUCUGCUGCGUGGCGCCACCGCAGACCACACAGCUUGGUUUCGCCAGUUGGACGAGGACUUUAUCAAGCCGCAUUUACUACUUGAUCAGCACCAGGGCCAGGGCAAGGGUCCACCACCGUCGUAGGGGAUGCACUGGACUUGAGGUGACUAGACUUUGUUUCUCGAAUAGAUAUAGCCCUCACUGUACUUUUUGACGAAAUGUAUUGUUGGUGGAAGCGGCGUUUCAAAUAGUGUUUUUAUACAAAUAUGAUAUCCAGAUACGCCUCAAGAGAAUAAAUUGGCUUUUGCUCUGUGGAAAUGUGUGGUCUACAGGAGCAUUGCAAGGGACGGAUACUCGUUUUUGACAGAUAUGCUAUAUUCUUUAGAGG